UGGCUGCCUCCACGCCUGCAAAUAUGUUUUCCCGCUACUCAUGAAUAAAUGGGUUCAGUUAAAGGGAAAAGUAAGAAGUAAAAACUAAUCGCUAGUAAAAAGAAGAAGGUAAAGAACAGCGCAAGUUGUAGGUUUAUUUACUGGUCGAUUGGGCUAAUGUCGAAACCAAAAAUAUAUAACCCGCGAAUUUGGCCGUCGAGGCCAGCCCUAGCAGAUUCCUAAUCCAGAAGCGCCACGGCCACCGUUACUUACUCCUCAAAAUAAUUAAACCCAAAAUAAUUUCCUAACUAGUCUUAUUAUUAUACUUAUUAUUAUUAGUCAUUCAGAUUUAAUAUAUAUUUAUAAUAAGGUGCCUUCUACGGUAUCAUGGGUGAAAUCUGGGGUACCGCAUACCUUGAGCAUGAAAACACUAUUUAGACCUCGAAUUAGCAGGAUUUUUGGGCAUGAUACUAUAGCCUAAUUGUUAAUGAGUGAACCCUAGGUCCUAAUUAUCUAAAUCAUAAACUAUAAACCCGAAGAUGGUGCAUUGUUUUUUUUUUUUUGCCUAUAUUUAGACGAAUCAUAACCGUCGAUUAUUGUUUCUAAUUAAAUUGAUCUUGGGGUAUACAAUUUAGAGAAUUAAGACCUAGAUUUUGAUCUUUAAGGGUUAGAGUGUAGUAUCAUGUCCGAAAAAUCAGUCAAUUUAAGUUAUGGAUAACAUUUUUUACUCAAGAUAUGCGUUACCCCGGAUUUCGCCCUGGGUACAGUAGAACUCCCCUUAUAAUAUAAAAUAUAUCGACAAUAUGAUGAUUUUUCCCCCCAUAUAUUCGAGCUAAAUCGGACUAAAAGGAUAGAACCAUUAACUAUCAACCCACUUGCUCAACCGGACUAACGAGUUAAACUGGCUCGACACCCUUACUUCGUUGCUUUAAUCCAAAUUAAAAAAAUAUUGCAAAAAGGGAACGAGGUCAAUGUGAUCUACGAAAUAAUAUCCAUUUUUGUUAUAUUUCGAGAGGAAAAUUUUCUUACCACUCAUUACCAUCCACUUCCACUUUGUAUCACCUUCAUUCUUGUAACUCGAACCUUAAAAUUUUUGCACGGAACCAACGUGUUCUUCGUGAUCAAUUAUGAUUUAUAAUUUUUUGAAAACAAUGUAUGACCAAAUAUAUUACGCUUAUAUAAGGUGGUAACUAGUGACAGGUGCUGGCAAAAGGGUAAAUGAUGGUUAUCAUAGUCCAAUUAUCAUGUAUUCAGUUGUUUAACCUUAUGAUAAAUUCAUACCAUCAUGAUAUACUUUUAUAUCGGGUAAAUGUCACAUUUGUUCAUUGAGAUUACUAAAUCGUGUCAUGUUUAGUCACUAGAAAAAUUUAGUAUCAUUUUUUGUCACUCGAAUUACUGAAACAUGUCACAUUUAGUCACUCUCUCGUUAGCCUCCGUCAAACUCCGAUCACUCGAAUUACUGAAACAUGUCACAUUUAGUCACUCGAAUUACUGAAACAUGUCACAUUUAGUCACUCUCCUUUUAGUUUCCGUCCAAUUUCAUUAAUGGAGUUGGACGGAAACUAAUGAGAGAGUGACUAAAUGUGACAUGUUUCAGUAAUUCGAGUGACCAAAAAUGAUAUUAAAUUUUUCUAGUGACUAAAUAUGACAUGAUUUAGUAAUCUUAGUGACCAAAUGUGGCAUUUACCCCUUUUAUAUCACUAUAAUAUAAAUUUAUGUACUACCAAGCAUUACUAUCCAUGGUAAAGGAAACCGGAUCGUACCGGCCGGUUCAACCGGUAAAACCGGGAAUCCGACCAACAGCGAAACGAUACCCUACCAGCCACCUUUCUAUCGCGCCGGCCGGUUUAAUCGGCUUAACCGGCAUGAACCGGUAUACCGUCCGGUUUAAAUCAGACCGGCGGGGCUGCCACUAUGAAGGCACCCUCAAAGACAACAACAACGGCGGUGGCGGCGGGGCUGCACGCGAGUCGUCGGAGAGCACCAUCGGGACAGGGGCGGCGGCGAAGAGCCAGAGCCAGAGUCAGAGUCAAAGCCGCGGCGGUGGUGGGUUUGGAUUUGACUUCGAUUUGAAUCUGCCGGCCAGCCCUGAUCUGGGAUUGGCCAUCGGCGGCGGCAGCGUGGUUCAGAAACCUUCCGGAGGAUCGACGGAGUAGUAGAAAACGAAGAAGUGGAGAGUCCUCUCCCCGGGAAGAAACCAAGAUUGUCGCUCGGCCUACAAGUCACCACCGACCUGAUUGGAAGUGUUUGGAAUUCACAGUUGUAAUAGAAAAGAAGUUGAGAUCUGGGUUUAUUUGGAAGGCUAAAGCUUUUAGCUACAAAGCUCUCCCAACCCAGAGAGAAAGGAGAUUAAUUUUCUGGUGAUUGAUGGAAAGACAGAGGGGCGGUGGAAAAGAAAGGGAGAAGAUGGGGGCUCACGUGUUGUCUGUGAUAGUGAUUUAGGUUUAGGAUUUUUAUACUAAUAUAUAUAUAUAUAUAUUAAAGGUCAAUUACUAUAUGGUACUCAAAAUUGAAUUAUACACCAGUCAUCAAAUUCCUUACUCAUUGCAUUUUAGGCAUGUGUUUUAAUGAUUAUUACAAAAACGGUAUUUACCGGUAUGAAACGGUUGAACCACGGUCGUACCACAAAAUACCCUACCAGAAAGGAAUCCGGUUUGAUGUCCGGUACGGUUUCCUUUACCAUGUUACUAUCAUGGUAUAUACUGAUAAUAUAAGUGGGUAAUGUCU